GGGAGCUUCCAAGAGCGGCCGGUACUGGCAAUUGGCGACUUAGUUUCCACUUGCGAGCUUCGGCGGCUGGGGUCGCCCCCUCGGGGCCUCCGGGAUGUUCUUUUAUCUGAGCAAGAGAAUUGCCAUUCCCAAUAACGUGAAGCUGAAAUGUAUAUCUUGGAACAAGGACCAAGGAUUCAUAGCAUGUGGUGGCGAAGAUGGAUUACUGAAAGUUUUGAAAUUAGAGACACAGACAGAUGAUGCAAAAUUGAGGGGUCUUGCAGCUCCUAAUAACCUUUCUAUGAAUCAGAAUCUUGAAGGUCAUAGUGGUUGUGUUCAAGUUGUCACAUGGAAUGAACAAUAUCAGAAGUUGACAACCAGUGAUCAAAAUGGGCUUAUCAUUGUUUGGAUGUUUUAUAAAGGCUCCUGGUACGAGGAAAUGAUCAACAACAGAAAUAAAUCAGUGGUUCGCAGCAUGAGCUGGACCGCGGACGGGCAGAAGAUCUGCAUUGUGUACGAAGACGGCGCUGUGAUAGUCGGUUCUGUGGAUGGGAAUCGAAUUUGGGGGAAAGACCUGAAGGGGGUCCAGUUGUGGCAUGUGGCAUGGUCCACAGAUGGUAAAGUCUUACUGUUUGGAAUGGCAAAUGGAGAAAUACACAUUUAUGAUAGUCAAGGGAAUUUUAUAAUGAAAAUGAAGCUGAAUUGUUUGGUGAGUGUCACGGGAGCCGUCAGCAUCGCUGGGAUUCACUGGUACCACGGCACAGAGGGCUACCUGGAGCCCGACUGCCCCUGCCUGGCCGUUUGUUUCGACAACGGGAGGUGCCAGAUAAUGAGACAUGAGAACGACCAAAAUCCUGUUUUAAUUGACACGAACAUGUGCGUGGUGAGCAUCCAGUGGAACCACACGGGCAGCGUGCUGGCCCUGGCGGGCUCCCAGAGAGUGGGCGGCGCGCAGGAGAAGGAUCUCAACAUCGUGCAGUUCUACACUCCGUUCGGUGAGUCUCUAGGCACCUUGAAGGUUUCUGGAAAGCAGAUAUCGGCCCUGUCUUGGGAAGGUGGUGGACUGAAAAUUGCACUAGCUGUAGAUCAUUUUAUAUAUUUUGCAAAUAUUCGACCUGAUUACAAGUGGGGUUAUUGCUCAAAUACUGUAGUUUAUGCUUAUACCAGACCUGACCGUCCGGAGUACUGUGUUAUAUUUUGGGAUACAAAAAACAAUGAGAAAUACAUUAAAUAUGUGAAGAGUCUCAUUUCUAUUACUACCUGUGGAGAUUUCUGCAUUUUGGCUACGAAAGCUGAUGAAAAUCAUCCUCAGUUUGUGCUAGUUCUUUGUAAUUCUAUUGGCACACCCUUGGAUCCCAAGUACAUUGAUAUUGUACCAUUAUUUGUUGCAAUGACCAAAACCCAUGUGAUAGCAGCUUCAAAAGAAGCAUUUUAUAUCUGGCAAUAUCGGGUGGCUAAGAAGCUCACAGCAUUGGAAAUUAAUCAGAUGACGCGGUCUCGGAAAGAAGGGAGAGAAAGAAUUUAUCAUGUUGAUGAUACUCCUUCUGGAUCAGUGGAUGGGGUGCUUGAUUAUAGUAAAGCCAUUCAAGGCACAAGGGAUCCAAUUUGUGCCAUAACUGCAUCUGAUAAGACGUUGAUUGUGGGUCGUGAAUCUGGCACCAUUCAGAGAUACAGUCUUCCUAAUGUUGGUUUGAUUCAAAAAUAUUCCCUUAAUUGCCGAGCCAACCAGUUAUCGCUGAAUUGCAACUCUAGUCGUCUCGCCAUCGUAGACAACUCAGGGGUUCUGACUUUCUUUGACUUGGAUGCUCGGGUCACCGACAGCACGGGACAGCAAGUCGUUGGCGAGUUGUUGAAGCUGGAGCGAAAGGACGUCUGGGACAUGAAGUGGGCCAGAGAUAAUCCGGACUUGUUUGCGAUGAUGGAGAAGACGAGAAUGUAUGUUUUCAGAAACCUGGAUCCCGAGGAACCCAUUCAGACUUCUGGAUAUAUUUGUAACUUUGAGGAUUUAGAAAUUAAAUCUGUUUUACUGGACGAGAUAUUAAAGAAUCCAGAACAUCCCAACAAGGAUUACAUAAUGAACUUUGAGAUCCGGUCCCUGCGAGAUAGCCGAGCACUGAUUGAGAAGGUUGGAAUUGAAGAUGCAUCUCAGUUCGUAGAGGACAAUCCACACCCCCGGCUUUGGCGCCUCCUGGCGGAAGCAGCUCUGCAGAAACUGGACCUGGACGCCGCGGAGCAGGCCUUCGUGCGCUGCAAAGACUACCAGGGCAUCAAGUUCGCCAAGCGCCUGGGCAGGCUGCAGAGCGAGGCCAUGCAGCAGGCAGAGGUCAUGGCCUACUUCGGCAGGUUCGAGGAGGCUGAACGGAUGUAUCUGGAUAUGGACAGAAGAGAUCUUGCUAUUGGCCUCCGGCUGAAAUUGGGAGAUUGGUUUAGAGUACUCCAACUCCUGAAAACCGGAUCCGGUGAUGCAGAUGACAGUCUCCUUGAGCAAGCCCACAAUGCCAUUGGAGACUACUUUGCUGACAGACAGAAGUGGUUCAGUGCUGUACAAUAUUAUGUACAAGGCCAAAACCAGGAGCGCUUAGCUGAGUGUUACUAUAUGUUAGAAGAUUAUGAGGGAUUGGAGAAUCUUGCCGGUUCCCUUCCAGAAAACCACAAGUUGCUUCCAGAAAUAGCGCAGAUGUUUGUGAGAGUUGGAAUGUGUGAGCAAGCAGUGACGGCAUUUUUGAAAUGUAACCAACCAAAGGCAGCAGUAGAUACUUGUGUACAUCUCAACCAAUGGAACAAAGCGGUUGAAUUGGCUAAAAAUCAUAGUAUGAAAGAAAUUGGAUCCCUGUUAGCGAGGUAUGCAGCUCAUUUAUUGGAAAAGAAUAAAAUUCUUGAUGCCAUAGAACUCUAUCGGAAAGCCAAUUACUUUUAUGAUGCUGCUAAACUGAUGUUUAAGAUUGCAGAUGAAGAGGCAAAGAAGAGAACUAAACCUUUACGUGUCAAGAAGCUCUAUGUGCUGUCAGCUCUACUUACUGAGCAGUACCACGAGCAGAUGAAAAAUGCCCAGCGAGGACAGGUUAAAGGGAAGAGUUCAGAGGCCACGUCUGCUCUGGCUGGUCUGCUGCAAGAAGAGGUUCUGUCCACAGCUAGUCGGUUCACAGACAACGCCUGGAGAGGGGCCGAGGCCUACCACUUCUUCAUACUCGCUCAGAGGCAGCUCUAUGAGGGCUACGUUGACACUGCAUUGAAGACAGCUCUGCACCUGAGAGACUACGAAGACAUCAUCCCUGCCGUUGAGAUCUACUCUCUGUUAGCGCUCUGUGCGUGUGCCAGUCGAGCUUUCGGUACUUGUUCAAAAGCCUUUAUUAAACUUGAGUCUUUAGAGAGCCUCAGUCCUGAACAGAAACAGCAAUAUGAAGAUCUCGCUCUAGAAAUCUUCACCAAACACACUCCAAAAGAUAACCGAAAAUCGGAAUUGGAGAGCCUUCUUGAAGGAGGGGAAGGGAAACUGCCAACCUGCGUGGCCACAGGGAGCCCGAUCACGGAGUACCAGUUCUGGAUGUGCGGCGUCUGCAAGCACUGUGUCCUGGCUCAGGAAAUAAGUAACUACAACUUCUGUCCCUUGUGCCACAGCUCCGUGGGAUGAUGAAAUGACAGACUGCGUCCAACUGCAAAGGACAGGGAGCACAUAUGCACAGCUGUAACCGUAUAUCUAAGGUUGACUUCCACACGUUUUAUAUGAAAAUCAGCAUCAUUAUUUCAGUCGUAGUUUGACACAAAAUUAUAUAUAAAUUA